CACUCUUCCAGCAAAGUGAUGGCCGCAGCUGUGAAAGUCAACGGGCUUGAAGAAAAUGAAAUCUACUAAAAAGGGAAUUCAAUUAGCCAUGAUCCCGAAGUAUUCCCUAAUGGGCCCUUUCAAGGGACACAUGUGCACAAAGAGUAGCCCACUUUGUUUAGGAUCAUCCUGCAAAUUGUCUACCCAGUUUAUCAUCCAAGAUCGUAUGGCUAUACAUUACAACAACCUACUUUCAACCAAAGCUGCUGUUGAUACAUCUAUGCCAAAAACCUUGUCUACGAGCAUUAAAUUUAAAGAUCAACAGAAAAGAGAGAGACUUAAGAAAGCAGUUCAAAAAUAUCAGAAGAAAAUUGUGCACCUCCAUCCAUCACCUCAAGUGAACACCAGAUCUGUCUCAUCAUCAGCAUGCAGAAUUCCUUCCGCAAAAGAAUUGACUUCAAUGAAAAUAACUAAAUGCAAUCCAGAAAAAUGUACAAGUAUCUUCCAUAAUAACCUGUUGUCACAGGAAAUAAAUUUCUCAAGUGUAUUUCCUUCAAAAAUCCCCAAGCUAGUUUCUCCUGUUAAUGCACAGCCAAAAGAACCCAUUGAAGGUGUUAUCACUUCUGGUUCAUCACUUCCUAUAGGCUACAGCAUGAAUAAUUUCAGAAGAUUUGUAUUUCCUUGCAACCAGUCAGUCGAAUUCAACAACAGACACUUGAUGAACAGAUCUUUCCAGGACCCCCAAAAGAAAACUUUCAGUGGAGACAUUUUUAUUAAGCAUUCCAAUUGUUUUACAGAAGAAAAUCAGUGUUUUACUCCAAGAAUCUUGAAGAAAACUGCAAAGUCAUUUCUUUCAAAAUACCGAUAUUACACAGCACCCAAAAAGAGGUUAACAAAUAUACCUGUUGUUCAGGUAAAUCUGGAUGCAGAUGAUACCAAGCAGUAUCCAACACAGGAACUUAGAUCUACAAGAUUGACUAAGAAAACGCAGAAUAUAUAUUCAGCAAAUUCAAGAUUGGCAUGGGAUAAUGAACUGGAAUAUUUGCAGUUUCUCAAAGAUGUAACAGAUGAUAUUUUGUUCAGAGGUUAUCAUUCAAACAAGAUCCUGGAAAAUGUUUUCCAAAAGCACAUUGAAAGAAACAAGCAUUAUCUUAAUGAGGAUAAGCUGAAAAACAUUCUUCAAAACCUGAGAGAUGAACUACAAACAGAUCCAAUCAUCAGUUCCUCAGAAUAAGGUGCAGCAGUACAGAAGCCUUGCCAUCUUAAGCAGAGAUUCAAUCCUCUACGGACGAUAGUAAAAAGUGAUUAGAAUGAUAAUGUGGACUUAGUUGAUAAUGAAAGCAACGCAUUUUAAGAAAUUAUUUCUGACAUGAAAAUACAAUCAACAAUGCAUUCAACUGAACAAUAUUUAUUCAAAGAACCAAAUUACUUAUUAUUUAUUCUAACACCUUAACUAUCCCUGUCCAUUCAAAUGAAUGGGGUUGCUGUAACUGUACUUAAGUUCUUAUGGUUGAAACCCAGUGCAGUUGCUGGAAAAUCAGCAGCUUUAUAUUCUGCCAACGCACUGCAGCAACAAUGCAGGUUAUUGUGUAGGUUUGAACAAAUUCUUGCAAGCAUGCCACAAUUACCAAACUUAGAGUUGGCCAAAUCUCAAGCCCAUCAAUAUUUUCUUUUUAACAGCAACGUUAGUUGCAGUAGCAAUUGGUAAUUUUGCCUGGCAUUCAUGCUUUUUAUUUAUUCAUUUAUGGAUUUGGGAGCCAGCAGUUAUUGCCCUAAUUGCCCUUGAGAAGGUGGUGAUGAGCUGCCUUCUUGAACUGCUGCAGUCCCUGAGGUGGAGGUACACUCACAGUGCUGUUAGGGAGGAAUUCCAUGAUUUUGACCCAGUGACAAUGAAGGAACGGUGAUAUGUUUCCAAGUCAGGACAAUGAGUGACUUAGAGGGGGAUUUCCAAGUGGUGGUGUUCCCAGGUAUCUGCUUUUCUUGUCCUUCUAGAUGGUGGUGAUCGUGGUCUGGAAGGUGCUGCCUUAGGAACUUCAGUGUGUUGUUGCAGUGCAUCUUGUAGAUAGUACACACUGAUGUAACUGUUCAUCGAUGGUGGGGGGAUUGGAAGCUUAUGGAAGGCAUAUCAAUCAAGUGGGCUGCCUUGUACUGGAUGGUGUCAAGCUUCAUGAGUGUUGAUGGAGCUGCACUCAUCCAGGUGAGUGGCGAUUAUUCCAUUACACUCCUGACCUGAGCCUUGUAGAUGGUGGACAGGCUUUGGGGAGCCAGGAGGUGAGUUACACACCAGGGAAUUCCUAUCCUUUGGCCUUCUCUGGUAGCCACCGUGUUUAUAUGGCUAGACUAGUUCAGGUCCUGUGAAUGGUAACCCCCCCCAGGAUGUUGAUAGUAUGCUGCUCAGUAUCUAAAGCUAUAAUGCUGUGUAACUCAUGAAUUAAAUGCAGAAUCUGCUGAGAAGAUAAAAACAAAUAUUGCUUUUAGUAUGUUUUCAUCCCCCAUAGUAAAAAGAUAUGUAAUGCUUUUGAGAAACAAGGUCAAAUAUGAAUUGGUAACCUGCAGUUUGGCUUUUAACAUAUAACUACCAAAUAAUCCCACCAACAUCCAGAUGAACUAUUGUUACAAGCUUUUAUCCAUAUCAACUGUUCACCAAGGAGGUAAAAACAUAAUGAAAGAUUUUGUAGUCAGCAAUAAGGCAAUCCAUCCUCAUUGCUGACUUCGAUAAAAUGGGUUUACCUUAAGUAAUCUUUGCUGAGAGAACUUAUAAAGGAAAAACAGUUAGGAUCAUUGAUGCAUUAGUCCUUAGGAUGGAAGUAGACUCUUACUUCAAUACUUAAUAUUAACCCUGUUCUAGAAAGGAAGAAUCUAACAACAGGUUAAGUCAUUGACCCAAAUUUAGCACAAGUAGUUAAAACCUGGAAGUUUUGCACAUCUUUUGAUGGAAUUGUUUGCCUCAUGUUUUUCAAGAAUUACAAAUGUAAAAACACAAACCUUUUAAAACUAUUUUGUACUUUUCACAAUUCUGCCCUCCUCAACCACUCAGAGUUGUUGUAUGUCUGCCUAAUCCUAUGUGUACCUAUUUCUGUAAUAGCUUUCAAAAACUACAACUAAUUGAAAGAACAUGUUAUUUUACUGAAAUUUUGUGUCAUGCCAGUAACUCAGCCAUAAUGCUUUGAAAUUCAUUCCAUAAUUUAGGUACAGCCUUAAGUAUAUUUUAACAGCCCUAGAAAAACAAAUUCAAAUUUCUCCAUAAUCAUACCCAUACAAAAUAAUGAGCAAUGUCAGUGGCUCAUCUGACAUGUCAUGUGACUUUUGAGUGAACUAGGCAGUGAAUGGUAGGGAAUCACUCAAAAUUAAUACUUACCCCCUGAACUCCAGUGUCAAAACACUGUCCACUUUCACAGCAACUUCAAGAUUUCCACAUUGACAUGCAUCAAAAUUCCAUACCUGCUAUCAAUUGCAGUAGGUGAGGUACUGAAGAUGGAUGCUGAGUUUGCUAUCGUUAUCACACAAAAUCUAGCCCAUAAUCUAGGCUGUUUUGAAGAAAACAGCAGUUUUAUUUUUUCCAGAGAAAUUAGAACUCAGAUGCAUUCACGAAUCUACAAUACAACAAUGUGCAAAAACCAGAUUUCUCCCAAUUGGUUUCCAUAGAUGAAGGAACAGCACUAACCACUCCAUUAAUUGUGCAGUACAGAGAGGGUUCAACUCAAUCCCCACAAUACUUGGGAGUUCAAAACUCGCUGUCACUUUGACACAUGAGCAACCUCCUCUUCUGUAGAAAUUCUGGUGAGUCGUACAUCUGAUCCCACAGCAGUCUAGACUCGACUCCUUAAACUUGAAGUUACUCAUUUAGAGUGUAUACCUCCUUCCUUUUAACCUUUAAUUGAUAAGCAUUUUCAAAUUCCACCUGGUAGAGCGGUAUAACAUGUGAUGCUACAAACUGGGCUCUAUAGACUAGGUCUUAAAAACAGAAGCCAGUGCACAGGCAUGGGAAGCGGCAGUAGAAGGCAGACAGGCGCCACCAAACAUGGUGAGUUCUUUCUCUUGCGUGGAUUUUUUUUCUUAUUUUUUGAAGCAUAAAAGAGAUGGGGUCAAGCGGAGUGGGAACAUAAAGAGGCUUCGACGCGAACAGGCUGAGGCCAAAGAAACAGGUAAGAAGGGUAGGUUUUUCUUUUCAUUUUGCUGAUUUGGUCUUGGUUGCCCAUUGUACAGUGCAGGCAGGAUGUUAGAAAUGGCUGAGGAAUGCUCCUCCUGUAGGAUGUGAGAAUUCAUGGAACCUCAUGACCUCCCUAAUGACUAUACCUACGGGAGGUGCAGCCAGCUCCAGCUCCUGAAAGACCACGUUAAGGAGCUGGAUGAACUAAAGAUCAUUCAGGCGGCAGAGCAAUUGAUAGAUGAGGCUUUUGAGCAGAUGGUUACAACCAGAGUGCAAAAGUAGAUGGUGAACACUGAGAGAGGUAAAGGGUGAAAGAAGUCAGUGCUGGGUCCUCCUGCAUCUAUUCCCCUUGGCAACAGGUAUACCCCUUUGGAAACUGAGGGGGGGGGGUUAUCUAUCUGAGAAAGUCAGCAGCAGCCAGACCAAUAGUACCGUGGUUGGCUCUGAGCCUUAGAAGGGUAGGGUGAAGUCUGGCAGAGCAAUAGUCUUAGGGGACUCAGUAGUUAGGGGGACCGAUGGGAGAGUCUGCAGCAGCAGAAGAGACACCAGGAUAGUGUGUUGCCUCCCGGGUGCUAGGGUCCAGGAUGUCUCCGAGUUGUUGCAGAAUAUUCUUGAAGAGGUUGAGCAGCUGGAGGUCGUGGUACAUAUUGGUACCAAUGACAUGGGUAGGAGAGGGGUAGAGGGGUUUAGGGAGUUAGAAAGGAGGCUGAAGAGCAGGAUGUCCAUGGUGGUAAUCUCCGUAUUAUUCCCAGUGCCAUGAGCUAGUGAAAGUCAGAACAGAAAGAAAGCGCAGAUGAAUGAGUGGCUGAGGAGAUUGCCUCCUGCACUUGAGUUUCAUGUUCUUGGAUCAUUGGAACCUUUUCUGCAGAAGGGGUGACCUGUACAAGUGGGAUGGGUUACACUUGGACUGCAGGGGAACCAAUAUCCUAGGAGGAAGGUUUGCUAAUGCUAUUGAGGAGGGUUUAAACUAGAUUUGCCAGGGGGUGGGAACCCAAGUGAAGCGGCAGAGGAUUGGGUGGCUCAAUCUGUCAAGUAGAGACAGAUUGAGGGAGUUUGUGAGGAAGGAUAGGCAGAUGAUAGAACAAAGAUGCAAUCAACUUGAGGGUUUGAGAUGUUUCAAUGCAAGGAGUGUCAUAAACAAGGCCGAUGAACUUAGAGCAUGGAUCUAUGAUGUUGUGGCCAUUACAGACUCUUGGAUGGCUCAGGGACAGAAAUGGAUGCUAAGUGUGCCAUGCUUCAGAUGUUUCAAAAAGGACAGGGAAGGAGGCAAAAGAGGUGGGGGCAUGGCAUUGCUAAUCAGGGGUAGUAUCACAGCUGCAGAAAAGGAUGAUUGUCUACUGAGUCAGUGUAGGUGGAAGUCCGAAACAGGAUGGGGGCAAUAACUACUGGGUGUUUUUUUUGUAGACCCUUCCUACCCCGACCCCCCCUUAGUAACAGGGACAUCAAGGAGCAGAUUCUGGAACAGUGCACUAAUAAUAGGGUUGUUGUGAUGGGUGAAUUAAACUUUCCUAAUAUUGAUUGGCAUCUCCUUAGAGCAAGGUGUUUAGAUGGGGUGGAGUUUGUUAGGUGUGUUCAGGAAGGUUUCCUGAUGCAACAUGUAGGUAAGCCAACCAGAGAGGUUGUACUUGAUUUGGUAUUGGAAAAUGAACUUGGUCACAUGUCAAAUCUCUUGGUGAGAGCAUUUUGGAAAUAGUCAUCACAACUCUAUAUCCUUUACGUUAACACUGAAGAGGGAUAGGAGCAGACAAUUUGAGAAAACAUUUAAUUAGGGUAGCAGGAACCAUGAUGUAGAAAGGAUGAAGAAAAUCUAAUUAAGAAGAAAAGCUUACAAAAGGUUCAAGAAACUAGGUACUGUUACAGCUCUAAAAAAUUACAAGGUUCCCAGGAAGGAGUUUAAGAAUGAAAUUAGGAGAACUCGAAGAGGCCAUGGCGAGCAGAAUUAAGGAAAACCACAAGGCAUUCUACAAGUACGUGGAUAGCAAGUGGAUGAGCUGAGUGAAAAUAGGACCUGUACAAUAGUGGAAACAUGCAUGGAGUCGGAGGAGAUAGAUACUUCGCUUCAGGAUUCACCAGGGAAAAGGUCCUUGGCAAUUGUGGGGAUGACUUACAGUGGACUGGAACACUUGAGCAUAUAGACAUUAAGAAAGAGGAUGUGCUGGAGCUUUUGACAAGUAUUAAGUUAGAUAAGUUGCCUGGACUGGCCGAAGUAUACCCCAAGCUAAUGUGGGAAGUGAGGGAGGAGAUUGCUGAGUCUUUGACAAUGAUCUUUGCAUCAUCAAUAGGGAGGGGAAGAGGAUUGGAGGCCUGAUGCUCCUGAGUGGGACCUUUUUGAGUACAAGGAGGUGUAUGAGAUGUGCCACCUGAUCACAGCAAAGUAGAAGUCAGUCUACUUCAGCAGGAUAGUAUCCUAAAUGAUCUUUUUUGAACAGUUUCCUAUGAAAGGCUCCUAUUUCGCCACCAUCAGAAAAAAAGAGACAACAAUAAAUUUACAAUAUUUUAUAAACAUACAAAUAUAGUUCCAAGAAGAUAUUAUAAAAGUAGGAUUAGAAGUACCAUAGCAUCUAGUAAGGAACCAGACCACAAAUGAAUGGUGUAUUGCAGGUUAAUCAACAUUCUAAUUGCCGUCCACAUCAUCAAAAUUUUGCUGUAGAAUGUUCAAAGUCACACAUUACAGAUCAAGCAUUUUCACUCCGCAUUGGUUCAAGUUCCUUUUCUAUGUGCAAUUUAGCAACGACGAAUGGAGAAUGUGGAGUCCAGUUCACCGGGGGUCAGGAUAGGUGGGUGUGCAGUCUGGAAGUUGGUGAGUGGAGGUCUUAACAGAAUUCGGUCUGGUGAGCUGAAUAACUACUUUGCGUAAAAGGUUAUGAAGCUGAUCAAAAUCAAGGAAUUGAUGCCUAGGAUGGCACUGCAUGUCGUCAGUUAUGUUUUUUCAGGUCAAUGCAUCUUAUGCAUGGUGGAUCCAUAAAGAGUUUCUCAGACUUCAUAGAGCUCACGAAAGAAACAUGAUUUUCUUUACAAAUUUUUAAAAUUGAAGUUGAAUAAUGUUGUGUACAAAAACCAUUGUGACAGGCAAUCCAAUUUCUAUGUCAUGAUGUACAGAAGUUAUAUUCAUCAUAUGCUAAUCACUAUGCUAAUAGUUUUGUUGCAACCAUUUUGAUCAGUUAAUAUACUUGAUGUUUCUUCAUAAUAAAGUUGCAAUAUAUACAUGC